AUGCGGAUCAAACAAGUCGUCGUCGAGGGGUUCAAGACGUACCGCGAACAAACCGUCGUGGACUUCGACGACGGACUAAACUGCAUCGUCGGAGCGAACGGCUCGGGCAAGUCGAACCUGUUUCACGCGAUUCGAUUCGUCCUGAGCGAUGUCUUCGGCACGUUGCGAGCGGAAGAUCGACAGCGGUUGUUACAUGAAGGGGCCGGGCACGCGGUGAUGUCGGCGUACGUGGAGAUCGUAUUCGAUAACGCGGAUGGACGUUUGCCAGUAGAGCGAGAGGAGGUGCGCCUGCGGAGAAACAUCGGCCUGAAAAAGGAUGAGUAUUACCUCGAUAAGAAACACGUGACGCGGGCCGAGGUUGUGAAUCUGCUCGAGAGCGCUGGUUUCAGCCGAACGAAUCCGUAUUACGUCGUGCAGCAGGGGAAGAUCAUGAAGAUGGCGACCAUGCAAGAUGAGGAGCGUUUGGACCUGCUGAAGGAGAUCGGGGGCACGAGUGUGUUCGAGGCAAAGCGCAAGGAAUCUCUCAAGGGCCUGGACGAGACGAAGUCGAAGCGUGAACAAGUUCAGGAGACGGUCGAAUUCAUCGAGAGUCGUCUCUCGGAGCUCGACGCGGAGAAAGAUGAGUUGCAGAAGUACACCGAUUUGGACAAGACGAAAAGGUCGCUCGAGUACACAAUUUAUGAACAAGAGUUGAGCGACACCAGAAACAAACUUGAUGAGAUUGAACAGAAACGUAGCGCGGUGCACGAAUGCAGUCGCGUGGAUGAUGAAAAACUGAACGCCGUGAACGAUAAAAUUCGGGCUCGCGAGAAAGAAUUCAAGGAUGGCAACCGAGCAGCCGCUCAGUUGAAGAAGGAACUCGACACGGCGGAGGCCGAGUUGCGAAGCAUCGUCGCCGAGCGAACGAUCAAGGAGUUAGACGUGAAAGACUUGCGUGAGACCAUUCAAUCUGGUGAACAAGCGUUGGCUGGCAUCGCUGGCCAAAAGACGGAUGUCGAAAAGGCAACGGCUGAAACUCAGCAGAAGCUCGAUGUCGUUCGCAAGAAGUACGACGCGGAAGCCGCGGUGGAGGAGGCGAAGGAUCGCGAAAUCGCUGACGUUGAUCGACGGUUGCAAAGUCUGUAUCAAAAGCAAGGAAGAAGCGAUCGAUUCAAAUCCAAAGCCGAGCGCGACGCUUGGUUGAAGGGGCAAAUUAAGGAGACGAAUAAGACAAAGCAGCAAAAGUUGAAGGAAGUCGAGAUGUUGGAGAACGACUUGAACGAUAUUCGAAAGACGCAGUCAAGCGACGAGAAAGAUCGAGCGACGAUGGAGGCGGAGCUCGUUGUCGAGGAAGAAAAACUCGCUGAAGUCGACGCGCAGUACAAGAAGGUGAUGGCAGAGCGCAAUCAAGCGCAAAACACCCGCAAGGAUCUGCAGCGUCAAGAAAACGACAUUGACAACUCUUUGGCGUCUUGCGACGAGGAUAUUAAGAAACGCGACAAACAAUUAGAGUUCACGAUGCCUCGGGAUCUUCAACGCGGCAUGGCCGCGGUGCAGCGCAUUGUCAAGGAGCACAAUAUUGAGGGUGUGCACGGUCCUCUCAUUGAGCUGAUGGAGACUGAUGAGCGUUUUCACGCAGCGAUUGAAGCCAGCGCCGGAAACCAACUGUUCCACAUUGUCGUCGAUCACGACGACAUCGGUAGUCGUAUCAUCGAAUAUUUGAACAAGGAAAAAGGUGGCAGAGUGACGUUCUUGCCUCUUAACAGAAUGAACGCUCCGAACGUCACCUACCCAGAAGGUAGCGAUGCAUUCCCUCUUGUGUCCAAGCUCAAGUAUGAUGCAAAAUACGAUGCAGCGUUUAAGCAAAUUUUCGCGCGUGUGUUGAUUUGCCGGAAUAUUGAUGUGGCCGUGACAAAGGCGGCGUCUUCCGCCUUGAACUGCGUCACCAUGGACGGUGAUACAGUGAGCAACAAGGGGUCGAUGAGUGGUGGUUACCACGACAGUGGACGAAGCAAGAUUGCGGCCAUGACAGCGCUGCGCGAACUCAACAUCAACCGCGAAUCGCUCAGAGAGAAAAUUUCGAUCGUGAAAAAGUCGCUCGAAGCCUCGGAACAAAAGAUGUCGUCGGUCCUCGGCGAUAUCAGCCGACUUGAAUCUCAGCGCCGCUACAGUAUGCAACACGUCGAACGAUUGAAAAGUGAGCUACGAUUCUACGGUGACACCGGCACGCGCGCGAGCUCGCUGCUCGAGCAAACCGAAAAGCGAAUCGCUACCAUGCGAGCUGAUAUCGCUCAACUUGAAAUGCAAGUCACUGAUUUGACGAGCGAAAUUGGUUCAAGCUUGGACGCUACACUGACGCCAGCUGAAACGCAAGAACUUGGAAAGCUGACUGCCCAAGCGAGCACGUUGAAGCAAGAAAAGGUGGUCAUCGCUGCUCGUCGACUUGAUGUGUACGCGCAGUUGAGCGAGCUCCAGACUUCACUGGAGACGAAUUUGGCGAGGCAACAGAAACGAAUAGCCAUCACAUCUGGUGAAGUCGAUAUCAACGGCUUGCGUGCGGAGCUCGCGAAGCUCGAGGGUCAAUUGAAAGCGGUGCAGAACGACGAAGCCAUCGCGCGGAAGCAGUACGACGGCGUCGCAGAGAAGAUGCGAACGGCGCAGGCGAGCGUCGAGGCGGCUUCUGCGGAAAUCGAGCAGCUCCGAGGCUCUCAGGUUUCCAUGAAUAUGUCGAUGUCCGAGCGUGAGAAGGAGAUCGAGACACUCAUUACGAAGACGUCGAUGCUUGCUAACAAACGUGAGCAAUAUCAAAAGAAGAUUCGCGAGCUCGGUUCUCUGCCUGCCGACGCGUUCGAUCGCUACCGCAGCGAAUCCGUCAGUGCGUUGCGCAAGCUGUUGGGCAAGACGAACACGCAACUCGAAAAGCUUGGUCACGUCAACAAGAAGGCGCUGGACCAGUACCAGCAGUUCACGGAGCAACGCUCAGAGCUCGAAAAGCGCCGAGCAGAAAUCAACAAGGCGCAUGAGAGUAUCACUCAACUCAUUGACCACUUGGAUCGCAAGAAGGAUGAAGCCAUCGAGCGUACGUUCAAGCAGGUGAGCGUGAACUUUAGAGACGUGUUCCAUAAACUCGUCCCCGGAGGUCGCGGUGAGCUCGUGAUGCAGCGCAAACGUGUCGCGAAUCGGGAUCCAGACGAAGAGGGUGGCGCUCGGGCGGCGGAUCUGACAUCGUUCAGUGAAAAGUACAGCGGUGUGAAGAUCAAGGUGAGCUUCGGACAGGGAGAGACGAUGCAGAUGAAGCAACUGUCCGGUGGACAGAAAACUGUCGUCGCCGUCGCGCUCAUCUUUGCCAUCCAGCGCUGCGAUCCGAUGCCGUUUUAUCUGUUUGACGAAAUUGACGCUGCGCUCGAUCCACAGUAUCGCACCGCGGUGGCUCACAUGAUCAAGUCGCAGGCGGUCGGCAAAACACAAUUCAUCUGUACAACGUUCCGCCCGGAAAUCGUCAAGGAAGCGACUUGCAUUCAGGGCGUGUCUCACUCCCACAAGGUGAGUACCGUGCAAAAGGUGAACCUGGAAGAGGCGCUCAACUUCGUCGGGGACGACACGCAACAAGUUGCUCCUAUCGAACGCGGUCCGCCGACGCCAUGA